AAUUAAAUAAAAUUUCUGCUUUUCCUAAUUAUAAUAAUUUUAAAUUAAAUACUUAAUUAUUAAAUAUACAUACAAACAAACACAUACAAAAAGAAAUGUAUAAAAACAACCUACAUUUUUGAAUACUUGAGUAAAAUUAUACUUAAUUUUGAUGUCAAGUAGUUGAAAUAAAAAAAAAAUAUAAUAAAAAUCUUUUGAAAAAAUAACCGUGCCAUGUUGUAAAAGGAUAAAGACUGGAUACACCAAAGGAAAUAAAACUAACAAAUGUUUUCUGAUCGCAGAUUAUUAAAUCAAUAAAAAAAACUAAAUGAACGAAAAUCUGGGGCUUUAGAACACCAACAAAAGCGAAGAUAAAAUACAGAAUUAAUAAUGGCAGAAUAUCAUGAAUAUACGGAUCAGUAUAAAGUACCGGUUAUAGCUAAACUACUACAUGCUCUGCCACACUACAAUAUAACGUUCCAUAAAAUAAAUAGUACUUUUCGACCUAAUGAUGAAAUAUAUUUGGAGAGUUUGGGCAUUUUGGGUUCGGUGCCGGCUGCUUUAUUGAUAGUCUCCUUGUUGGGGUUGCUGCUUUAUUUGAUGACACGAUGCUGUGAUCGUAAACCCCGACCGGCACACUCUAUAACGAGUUUAAAAGUGGCCCUAUCCAUAGUUACUGUUAUGUGCUGUGCUGCCAUUGGUUUGGGUCUUUAUGGUAAUGAUGAUUUACAUAAUGGUCUCUUAGAGGUGUUGACAGCGGGCCGUAAAGUAGAUACCUUGGUGACUACGGUACGCAAUCAGACUCAUAUUUUGGAGAAUACACUUAAAAAUCGCAUACGACCGCAAUUAGUGGAAUUGGCGGAUAUAUUUGACCAACCAGUUUCAAAUCAGUCGGCUCUUUCCAUACUCUUUGUUUCGCUUAAUAUUGUGCAGGGAAAUGUAACUUUGGCCACUAAUGCUGCCAGUGAUAUACGAAGACCUUUGACCAGUGUUACUAUGACUAAAUUUUUAUCGGAUGGCGAUCGCAUGGAAUUGAUACGUUGGCCUGGUACAGUAGCAACUUUGGCUUUACUUUUGGUGCUUUGUGCUGUACUCUUAGUGGGAGUGGCAAGGCAUUCUCGUUGUGCUUUGAUAUUGUUUAGUGUUUGUGGCCUGCUGGCUGUCACUGGUUCGUGGUUAAUGUCCGGCCUCUAUUUGUCUUCGUCUGUAGCCGUAGGAGAUCUUUGCAUAAAUCCAGCAGACUUUUUAGUAUCGGUGGCACCGCGUGAUCUACCGACCAAUGUGUUAUUGCACUACACCCAAUGUGAACCGGGACACACUAAUCCCUUUACCCAGCGACUGAGAGAAUCUCAGAAUUCCCUUAAUAAUGCACGCAGUGCUAUGGCCACUGUUAUGAAAAUUUCAUUGGUUCUUUUUAAAUCCUCCGGCUUACAACCCAAACUUGGAGCCGUUAAUGCCGAUUUAAAUAGCAGCGAACGUUUAUUGACUCAACUCACUGCUCUAGUGGAUUGUAAGACGGUACAUCAUAAUUUUCUAGCUGCCAGUCGCGGUUUGUGUGAAGGAGGUUUGUUGGGUUUGGUACUCAUGCUUAUAGCCAGUUUCAUAGCAGCCAUUUUGCUCACCAUUAUGGUCUGGGUUGAUUCUCAUACUUGGAUUUAUAUCAGAAAACGCAAUGAUUAUGCUCAAGUCGAUGAACCAUCUUAUAUAUCGCAUCCAGCCCCGCAGAAUCAUCAACAAAUGCUGAAUGCUUCGCGCACUUUGCCUCGGAACCACAAUGGACACUUUAGUCCACCGGUGAUCAGUGGCUCGCAUACUUUGCAGCAUCCCUCGAAGAGACAUGCUCAGCACGAGAUGAUGGCACAUGUGCACAUGCAGCAGAACAUGAGGGCUAUGGGCACGCAUACGCUUGGUCGUUUGCCGUCGCACAAUCAUAGCCCCACACAUCUAAGCGGCCCAAAUAACGUCUGUAGCGAACCCAAUCGGCAAACAACAGUGGCCUCCCAGCAGCAGCAACAACAGAUGGCUCCCCAACCGAUCUACUGUCAUCAUCCACACCCCCAUCCCCAUUCUCACGAAGCGGCAGCAGCAGUAGCCGCUGCUCAACAUCAACAUGCCAUUUAUCAUCAACAGCAGCAACAGUAUGGCACGUACUCAACAGCUGCUCACCAACAUCAUAUGGUCGGUCAACAUGGACAGCCCAAUCAAAUUUAUCAGCAAAUACCCAGUCAUAUGACUGCCAUGGCACAAAACGGCAGUCAAGUUAAUAAUCCACAUUCUAUUUACCAACCUUUGGUGGCUGUUAACCAAGGAUCCAUCUAUGUCUCUAAUUUGGCUACAAUGCGUCGUCAAAAUUCUCAACAAAAUAGUGUAAAUCCCCAAAUACCAGGUCAUCAUCCCCAACAACAGCAGCAGCAACAACAGGCUCAAGGAGGACGUAUGCCACCAUCGGCUCAUCACCAACAACAGCAGCAGCAGCAACAACAACAACAAAUGAAAUCACCACAAGAUGUUUUGAAUGUCUCACGUACCGAAUCCAUGGAUUCGGCUAUAUACGAUCGUGAUAAAGGCAUUUAUAAGUGUUCAACCCUAAGACAAGGUGGUAAAUUUGAUCCCAAAUAUAAACCUUCAAUUUUAAAUUGUCCCCUGCCCGAGAUACCCAAAGAUGCUGAACCACCCAGUGUUGAGUCAAUAUAUCAACAACAGAAACAACAACAGCAGCAACAUUAUUCAAAAACUCUUCAAAGACCACCUAUGAAGUUGCCACCACAAAUGAAAGCCAUACCCCCACCCCGUGUUAGUACACCCAAUUCACCACCACCACCUCCCGACAAUACCGAUAACAAUGGUGGCGGAGUAGGAGGAGGCGGUGGAAAACCCUAUAGCCAUCAAAAUGGCGGUAAUAAUUUACACAUGGUGGCAUCUGAAGCCACCACUAAUACCGGUAACACUGUUACAACUAGCAAUUCAAAUGGAUCUGAUACAAAUCGACAAAUUAACAACGAUACAUCACUGCCACCCCCACCACCGAUUGAAGCAACAGUAGGCUCACCGCCGAAAUCGAAUAAUAUAAUGCACAACAAUAAUACAAGUACAUCGAAAGCACAACAGCAACAGCAGCAACAACAACACCUAAACGAAGACGAUGAUCUACCACCUCCUCCACCACCACCCGCUAUGAAUGAUGAUUCAAAUUAUGCGGUAACAGAACUUUAAGGAUCACACCUAACACAAACAACACUCAAGUAGUAAUCAAUCUUACUUACGUACGUUCGUUGGUUCUUCGUUUAUUGUCACGAAUUUGUUAAGAGACAAUUUAAUGACACUUGUUAAAAAGAAAAACUGUUAAAAACUGUAGCAAUUAGACACAAAAAGGGAGAGGGGGGAGAGAGCAAGAAAAAUCAUAUAUAUAUUAUCUCUCUCCAUCUCUUACACACAUUGAAAUGAUCUUUUAUUAAGGUACAUUUAGGGACAAAAAAUUAAAUAUUAUUAAUGUUUUUCUCAAUUAAAUAUUAAUUUUUUUGUCCAUGGAUGUAUGUAAAUAUGUAGAAAAAGUUGUGUUCAAAUAUUUAAACAAAUUAAAUAUAC